AUGAAUUCAACUCCCGACCUAAUAUCUCCUCAGAAAUCCAAUUCAUCCAACUCUUAUGAAUUGGAAUCUGGUCGUUCAAAAGCCAUGAACACUCCAGAAGGUAAAAAUGAAAGUUUUCACGACAACUUAAGUGAAAGCCAAGUGCAACCUGCUGUUGCAUCUCCAAACACCGGUAAAGGUGCUUAUGUUAUGGUUUCUAUCUGUUGUGUUAUGGUUGCAUUUGGUGGUUUCAUUUUCGGAUGGGAUACUGGUACCAUUUCUGGUUUUGUCGCUCAAACUGACUUUCUAAGAAGAUUUGGUAUGAAGCACCACGACGGUAGUCAUUACUUAUCCAAGGUAAGAACUGGUUUAAUUGUCUCUAUUUUCAACAUUGGUUGUGCCAUUGGUGGUAUCGUCUUAGCCAAGCUAGGUGAUAUGUAUGGUCGUAGAAUCGGUUUGAUUGUCGUUGUUGUAAUCUACACUAUCGGUAUCAUUAUUCAAAUUGCCUCGAUCAAUAAGUGGUACCAAUAUUUCAUUGGUAGAAUUAUUUCUGGUUUAGGUGUCGGUGGUAUCACAGUUUUGUCUCCUAUGCUGAUUUCUGAGGUCGCCCCGAGUGAAAUGAGAGGUACCUUGGUCUCAUGUUACCAAGUCAUGAUUACUUUGGGUAUUUUCUUAGGUUACUGUACCAAUUUUGGUACCAAGAACUAUUCAAACUCUGUCCAAUGGAGAGUUCCAUUAGGUUUGUGUUUUGCCUGGGCUUUGUUUAUGAUUGGUGGUAUGUUGUUUGUUCCUGAAUCUCCACGUUAUUUGGUCGAAGCUGGCAAAAUCGACGAAGCUAGAGCUUCUUUGGCUAAAGUUAACAAAUGCCCACCUGACCAUCCAUUCAUUCAAUAUGAGUUGGAAACUAUUGAAGCCGGUGUUGAAGAAAUGAAAGCUGCUGGUACUGCCUCUUGGGGUGAACUGUUCACUGGUAAACCAGCCAUGUUUCAACGUACUAUGAUGGGUAUUAUGAUUCAAUCUCUACAACAGUUAACUGGUGAUAACUACUUUUUCUAUUACGGUACCAUUGUUUUUAAAGCUGUCGGUUUAAGUGACUCUUUUGAGACUUCUAUUGUCUUCGGUGUCGUUAAUUUCUUCUCCACUUGUUGUUCUCUAUACACUGUUGACCGUUUCGGCCGUCGUAACUGUUUGAUGUGGGGUGCCGUCGGUAUGGUCUGUUGUUAUGUUGUCUACGCUUCUGUUGGUGUUACUAGAUUAUGGCCAAACGGUGAAAAUAACGGUUCAUCCAAGGGUGCUGGUAACUGUAUGAUCUGUUUCGCUUGUUUCUAUAUCUUUUGUUUCGCCACUACCUGGGCUCCAAUUGCUUACGUUGUUAUUUCAGAAUGCUUCCCAUUAAGAGUUAAAUCCAAGUGUAUGUCUAUUGCCAGUGCUGCUAACUGGAUCUGGGGUUUCUUGAUUAGUUUCUUUACCCCGUUUAUCACUAAUGCUAUUAAUUUCUACUACGGUUAUGUUUUCAUGGGCUGUAUGGUUUUCGCUUACUUUUACGUCUUUUUCUUCGUUCCAGAAACUAAAGGUUUAUCAUUAGAAGAAGUUAAUGAUAUGUACGCCGAGGGUGUUCUACCAUGGAAAUCAGCUUCCUGGGUUCCAGUAUCCAAGAGAGGUGCUGACUACAAUGCUGAUGACCUAAUGCAUGAUGAUCAACCAUUUUACAAGAGCAUGUUUAGCAGGAAAUAA